AUGUCGAAAUACAAAGAUCCAGAGCAGCUGCCCAGUUGUCAACACUUUGAAAGUACUGCCGCUGGAAAAGGCGAUGUUCAAAUUAUGGUCCCCGAUGACCGACAGUCUAUUAUUCGAAAGAAGUUCGAUCGCCGGGUCCUUCCCAUUGUUUGUAUUCUCUACGUCCUGUCCUAUCUUGACAGAGGAAAUAUUGGUAAUGCUAAAGCCGUGGGAAUGGACAAGGACCUCAACCUAACCGCUCGUCAAUGGUCUUGGGUGCUUUACUCAUUCUACAUCUGUUAUAUCAUAUUCGAGUGGACGACGAUCAUGUGGAAGAUUCUCCCGGCACACGCUUACAUCGCAUCGUUGUGCAUUUGCUGGGGUGCAGCGGCAAUGUGCAGCGGUGCAGUCAAUACCUUUUCGCAACUGGUCGCUUGUCGAUGUUUACUUGGUAUUUUUGAAGCUGUCUUUGGCUGUGGUGCACCCUAUUUUCUUUCCUUGUUUUACCAAAGAAGAGAGCUAGGUUUCCGCUUGUCACUGCUUCUUGGCAUGUCUCCGGUGGCGAAUUGCUUUGCAUCAGCUCUCGCAUAUGGCAUCACCCAGAUCAACGGCUCAUUAGAGCCAUGGCGGUACCUAUUCAUCAUUGAGGGAGCUCCUACAAUUCUUUUCUCGAUAGUUGUAUUCCUCUUCCUUCCAGACUCCCCAGGAUCGGCUAAAUUUCUCAGUGAAACUGAGCAAACCGAAGCCGUCGAGCGUCUUCAGACUGUUGAUAGAACAGCAAAGGGAAAAAUGCAAUGGAGCCAAGUCUUCCAAGGAUUGACCGACUACAAAAAUUACGUCCACAUGGUCAUACAUUUUUGCUGCAACUAUUCGUUCUCGGGUCUAUCAAAUUUUCUACCAACAAUCUUAACGAACAUGGGCUAUACGUCAAUAAAUGCGCAAGGGCUGGCAGCCCCACCUUAUCUUGCUUCGUUUUUCUGCUGCGUUGCCGCUGCUUUGGUAUCAGAUCGAUGGGGAAAUCGUGGCUAUGUGGUCACCUUUUUUGCUUUAAUGGGUACAGCUGGUUACCUCAUUCUGACCUGUGUGCAGGACGAGUCAAAUACAGCCACACGCUAUGCUGGCGUCUGGCUCGCGACGUGUGGAAUUUUCCCCUCGCUCUCCAUCAAUAUCACCUGGCUAUUAAAUAAUCAGGGUGGGGAUAGUAAAAAGGGCGCUGGUAUGGCCAUGUUAGCCAUAUUUGGACAGUGCUCUAGCUUGAUCAGCAGCUCCGUCUUUCCUGAUGCCGAUGCACCCCUGUAUACGAAAGGGUGCGCCCUUGGUUGUGCUUUCACUGGCCUAAUCGCUGUUUUGGCCAUGGGACUGCACGUUUCUUUGACCUUGGAGAACAAAAAAAAGAUCGUCUCUAUGGGCCAGUCAACGAAAACGACAGGGUCGAUGUGA